CCGGAAGUGUGUGCAGGGCAGCCAGAGGAUCGGACCUGCAGAGGAAGCGACGUGGAAAGAGUUGACUGAAAACUUCAAUGGGAUGUGUCAUAUAGAUUAAAAGUGCCUUUAUGAAGCGGUGUUACCGGCUACCUGUUCCGCUGAAUUACCCCCGGGACUAGUGUGUGUGACUGCUUAUAUAACGCUCCACUCAUCUGAUAGCAAGAUGGGCUCCUUGUUUCGGAGUGAGAAUAUGUGUUUGGCCCAGCUCUUUCUGCAGUCCGGUUCGGCAUAUGACUGUGUCAGCGAGCUGGGGGAGAUGGGGCUGGCUGAGUUCCGAGAUCUAAAUCCAAAUGUAAGUGUAUUUCAAAGAAAGUUUGUUGGAGAAGUGAAGAAGUGUGAAGAGCUGGAGAGAAUAUUAGGGUAUUUAGUCCAAGAAAUGAGAAAAGCAGAUAUAUAUGUUCCUGAAGGAGCCAUUCUACCAGCCGCCCCUGCUCCCAAAUAUGUGUUAGAAAUUCAGGAACAACUGCAAAAGCUGGAAGCAGAACUAAGAGAGGUUAAUAAGAACAAGGAAAAACUGCGGAAAAACCUCCUGGAGUUAACAGAGUAUACACACAUGCUCCGGCUGACCCAGAACUUUGUGCAGAGGUCUAUUGAGUGUGAAACAACAUCACACACCAGCUAUGAAGAAUUCCCUACUCUAGAAAAGGACUCCUUAAUGGACUAUACUUGUAUGCAAAGACUUGGUGCAAAACUUGGCUUCAUAUCUGGUUUAAUUCACUAUGCCAAGCGGGAUUCAUUUGAAAAAAUGCUCUGGAGAGCGUGUAAAGGAUAUACUAUUCUUACAUAUGAAGAACUCGAUGAGUUUUUGGAAGACCCAGACACAGAAGAACCAACGAAAUGGUUUGUGUUUUUAGUUUCUUACUGGGGAGACCAAAUUGGCCAGAAAGUAAGGAAGAUAUGUGAAUGUUAUCAUUGUCACAUAUAUCCAUAUCCAAGCUCUGUAGAAGAACGAAAAGGUAUAAUAACAGGGCUAAACACUCGUAUUCAAGAUCUGCAUACGGUUAUCUCUCAGACUGAAGAUUAUUUGAAACAGGUUCUGUUCAAGGCAUCCGAGUCUGUAUACAAAUGGGUUGUGCAGGUCAAGAAGAUGAAAGCUAUUUACCAUGUCCUCAAUUUGUGCAGUUUUGAUGUUACCAACAAGUGCCUUAUUGCUGAGGUUUGGUGUCCUGUGGCUGAUCUGCAAAACCUCAGGAGAGGGCUUGAGGAGGGCUCGAGGAAGAGUGGUGCAACUGUCCCUUCAUUUAUUAACCGGAUCCCCAGCACCGAGACCCCACCAACAUUAAUCCGUACCAACAAAUUCACAUCAGGCUUCCAGAACAUUGUGGAUGCUUAUGGGGUGGGCAGUUACAGAGAAGUGAAUCCAGCUCCAUACACCAUCAUCACCUUUCCCUUCCUGUUUGCGGUCAUGUUUGGGGACUUUGGCCAUGGAAUCCUCAUGACUCUUUUCGCCGUUUGGCUGGUCCUCUCUGAAACCAACCCUAAACUACAACGUACUCAGGAUGAGUUUGUGAAAACCUUUUUUGAGGGCCGUUACAUCAUCUUACUUAUGGGACUCUUCUCCAUUUACACCGGUUUGAUCUACAAUGACUGCUUUUCAAAAUCCAUGAAUAUAUUUGGCUCCAGUUGGAAUGUGUCGGCAAUGUUUUCAGAUGAGGGUUGGAGUGAUGCAGAUUUAACAAACUCCUACUUGACACUGGAUCCCAACGUGACUGGAGUACUGAAUGGUGUUUAUCCUUUCGGCAUAGACCCAAUUUGGAAUUUGGCCACAAACCGCCUCACUUUUUUGAAUUCUUUCAAGAUGAAGAUGUCCAUCAUUAUUGGAGUGUUGCAUAUGAUCUUUGGAGUCGUUUUGAGUGUCUUUAACUAUACGCACUUUAAGAAGAUGUUUAGUGUGGUUCUGGUCUUCCUCCCUGAACUCAUCUUCAUCACUUUAAUCUUUGGCUACCUGGUGUUUAUGAUUGUGUACAAAUGGAUAGCGUGGACUGUAGUGGACUCAAAGUAUGCCCCAAGUGUGCUGCUCCACUUUAUACACAUGUUCAUGUUUACUACGGAUGAGAAGAAUGUACCUCUUUAUACAGGACAGUUUGGUUUACAAGCAUUCCUGAUGGUGAUAGUGUUCCUGUCUGUACCUGUUUUGCUGCUUGGGAAGCCCAUAUAUCUGUACUGGCAGCACCAUGGAGGUCAGACCUUUUCAAGUUACAGAAAUGGAUAUACCUUAGUACGUCGAGGAAGCGAGGAGGAUAUUUCCCUGCUCAGAUCCCAUGAUUUAGAAGAAGGAGAGGACCAUACUGAGAACGAAGCACAGCGAGAACGAAGCAAAGAAGAGUUUGAUGUUGCUGAAGUAUUCAUACACCAGGCCAUUCACACCAUUGAAUAUUGCUUGGGAUGCAUCUCCAACACUGCUUCCUACCUCCGGCUCUGGGCAUUAAGCUUGGCUCAUGCUCAGCUUUCAGAGGUCCUAUGGGGAAUGGUAAUGAGGAUGGGUCUCCGUGUCUCACCUAGCGUUGGGGUUUUCCUGCUCGUACCAACCGUGGCUGUCUUUGCGGUGUUGACCGUAUUUAUUCUUCUCCUCAUGGAGGGUCUCUCUGCUUUCCUACAUGCACUUCGAUUACACUGGGUGGAAUUUCAAAAGAAGUUUUAUUCUGGCACAGGAUACAAAUUUACUCCCUUUUCCUUCCAUCACUUGUCUUUACACCUUGACGGACAGCAUGUCCUGUAGCGUGGCGCGGGACAAGCCAAGUUGCGUGUAAAAAC